AUGGACUACCAUGAGACUCUCUCAAAGAUUAAACAAACUGGAUCUUUAAGGGAUUAUCAAAAGGAGUUUGAAUACUUGUCUACAAAGAUACACGAGUGGUCGGAGAAGGCUCUCAUUGGGACUUUCGUGGGAGGCUUGAAGAGUGUUGUGAGACCUAGAACAAUGAGAACACAUGCUCACAUUGGCAAGAUAAAGGUGGUUCUUGUUGAUAAUGGUUCAUCCCUAAACUUCAUCAACUCUAAAGUGGCCGAGAGCUUUGGGUUGCCAAUAACUUCUAUCACUCCAUUUGAGGUCAAGACAUGGGAGGAUCAUUUGGAGCACUUGGAGGUUAUCUUAGGGGUGCUACUUGACAACUCUUUCUAUAUUAAGUUGUCCAAGUGUGCAUUCGGCCAAGGGAAAAUUGAGUAUUUGUGGCAUUUGAUCUCAUAUAAGGGGGUCAAUGUGGAUUCAAGAAAGGUUGAAGCUAUAGUGGCUUGGCCCAAACCAAAGACCAUCACUGAAUUGAAGGGUUUUCUAGGGCUCACGGGUUACUAUAGAAAGUUUGUCAAGGAUUAUGCUUCCAUUGCAAGACCACUAACCAAAAUGCUCAAGAAGAAUAAUUUCAUUUGGAGUGAGGAGGAGGAGAAGGCGUUUGAAGCUUUGAAGCUUUGA